AUGACCGACGUCCACCGAGACCAAGACCAAGUGACGAUCCACUACCACCGAGGCCAAGUGGGGAACCACGCCCACCAAGGCCCUGUGAACCGUGUCCGCCGAGACCAAGCAGAGAACCACGCCCACCCAGGCCAAGUGGACAACCACGCCCACCCAGGCCAAGUGGGGAACCACGCCCACCAAGGCCCUGUGAACCGUGUCCUCCGAGACCAAGCAGAGAACCAAGCCCACCCAGGCCAAGUGGAGAACCACGCCCACCAAGGCCAUGUGAACCGUGUCCUCCGAAACCAAGCAGAGAACCACGCCCACCCAGGCCAAGUGGAGAACCACGCCCACCCAGGCCAAGUGGAGAACCACGCCCACCAAGGUCAUGUGAACCGUGUCCUCCGAGACCAAGUGGAGAACCACGCCCUCCAAGGCCAAGUGGAGAACCCCGCCCACCCAGGCCAAGUGGAGAACCGCGCCCACCAAGGCCAUGUGAACCAUGUCCUCCGAAACCAAGUGGAGAACCUCGUCCACCAAGACAAAGUGAAGAAUCUCGCCAACCCAGGCCCAGCGAAGGACCUCGUCCCCCAAGACCAAGCGGCGAUCCACUCCCACCGAGACCAAGUGGAGGUCCACUCCCACCAAGACCAAGUGGAGAUCCACUCCCACCGAGACCAAGUGGAGAACCACGCCCACCAAGACCAAGUGGAGAUCCACUUCCACCGAGACCAAGUGGAGAACCACGCCCACCAAGACCAAGUGGAGAUCCACUCCCACCAAGACCAACUGGAGAUCCACUUCCACCCAGGCCUCAAGGAGAACCACGCCCUUUUGGCAGACCAAGGAUUUUCGUAUCGGUUGCUCUUGCUGAGGAUAACCGCCGCCCACCAAGACCCAGACCAAGUGGAGAACCACGCCCACCCAGGCCAAGUGGAGAACCGCGCCCACCAAGGCCAAGUGCAGAACCACGCCCACCAAGACCUUGCAGAGGACCGUGCCCACCGAGACCAAGCGGAGAACCACGUCCACCAAGGCCAAGUGGAGAACCACGCCCACCAAGGCCCUGUGAACCGUGUCCUCCGAGACCAAGUGGAGAACCACGCCCACCCAGGCCAAGUGGAGAACCACGCCCACCAAAGCCAAGUGGAGAACCACACCCACCAAGGCCCUGUGUACCGUGUCCUCCGAGACCAAGUGGAGAACCACGUCUCCCGAGAUUAG